AUGAAACACAAACAGCAGUACAUGGGUAGCAGCGUUUCUUCAAAAACAUCAUCAUCCGAUGGUUCUGUUCCGAAUACAUUAUUAGAAACUUCAACAACCAAUGAAGAAGAAAAUGUUGAGCAUCAUCAUGUGAUUAGUAUGGAUCCAACCACUGUAUUGAAAAUUAAAGAAAGUGUUCUCCGCCAUGCAAAACAUUAUUCGCAUCGAGAGUUUUCGGAAUUACGGAAUUUUGAAAAGAGCCUUGAACCUGUUGAUUUUACUAGCGCGUUAAAGCAUCCAAAUAAGAAUAGAUAUGGAAAUGUAUUGGCGAAUGAAUGUACAAGAGUAAUUUUGGAAAAUGAUCCAGAGUAUUAUGUGAAUGCAAAUAAUAUUCAAAUAGGAAAUGAAAUUUUGUAUAUUGCUGGACAAGGACCUCUUCCACAAACAAUUUAUGAUUUUUGGCGAAUGAUUAUUGAAAAGAACGUUUCUGUCAUUCUCAUGCUCAGCAACGUCAUUGAGCAGUCAAGGCCAAAAUGUGCUCAAUACUGGCCAGACACAACAGAAAUUCAUAAACAAACAGAUAUGAAUCAGAAAGAACAACGAGACAUUCUCAUACAAAAUAAUAAGGAAGAGUUUGUCGGUAAUGAAGAUAUUAUUCACAGAUUUUUGAAUGUACAAUUUCAAGGCGAUCAAGUUCAUCGAGUGAAUUUGAUUCAUUUUACAGCAUGGCCUGAUUUUGGAGUUCCAGAUUUGACCUCUUUUCAACAUGUGGUACAACAUGUAAAUAACGUGAACAGCCCGAAAGGGUCACCAAUUUUUGUGCACUGCUCGGCAGGUAUUGGAAGAACAGGCACUUUUUGUCUCGUUGAUUCAAUUUUGAAAGAUUUCUACAAGACCUAUGCUUUGAAUCCAACACAAAUUAUGGAAAGAGCCAUGUCUUUAAAAAAACAAAGAUAUGGUAUGAUUCAAACUGCAGAGCAAUAUGACUUUGCAUACCGUUCGAUUGCUACCAUUAUUGGUAGUCUUGCUCAACAAUAA